UCAUCAACUUUUCCACGCACAUCGCAGAAAUGCCCUUACUCAGUCAUCCCCGCUGUCGUUGUCUUCUUCCUCCCCCUCCUCGUCGCCUAUCUCAUCGUCACCGUCAUCCUCGUCUCCCUCAUCCACAUCACCGUUCUCGUCCUCGUCAGAAUCGCUCGCUUCCAGCGUGCCCUUGUCCUGUGCCGCCCUUGUGUUGGUCUUGGUUUCUUCAUUCUCAGACUUGACAGCACGCAAGGGAGGCACGUAGGGGUCAGAGGAGAACAACGCCGCCGUCAGCUUCUGCUUUAGGUACACCUGACAGACAAGACGGACAGACGGACGGACGGAUGGACGGAGACAGUGGGUGGGGCGUGUCUUUCUUUUGUGUAUGGUUGUAGUACCUUGGUCAUGAGUUUUCGUGACUGGUUGUGGAAGAUGUAUGCGUGCCGGCCCAGACCGACAGCAAGCACAUACUCACCGCUCUCGUGGCAGCACAUCGCUGGAAGGAAGAAGCAACACACACACACAUACACACAUCAAGAUGAACAGCCAGCCAAACACAUCCCCCUCAGUCUCGCUUACGACCUCACCCUUGAUGCCUCCCAUGACGCCCGCAUAGCCCCCAACCAUGUCGGCGCUGUAUGCCACACUGGCCGCCGGAGCCUCCCCCUGCUGCUUCUUCCGCUUGCCUGCCUUGAUCUCCCUCCUGGCUGUGACCCGAUACUUCAGCAGUGCACCCACCGUAUUGCCCACAAGGAUGACGGCACUCGUGGCAGAGUUGUCGGCUGGUGCGGGCGUUUCCUCACGAGCGGCGUCUUGUUCUUCCGCUUUUCGGCACGACGGCGGGACGGCAGAGGCGUAGAGGGUUGUGUUGGCCCGCAUCGCGUCAGCGGCUGGAUCCUCCUGUGGCUGUUUGUUGCUGCCAUCCUGUGGUAGGUCCUCAUCGUCAUCGAUGACAUACUCCGUUAUCUCGUCAUCUGCCACACCACCCGCGGCACCCGUCUUGCGCCUCUUGGCCGGCCGCGCCACCUCUGUCUCCUCCUUGACCACACGAUGACUGACAUCACUCCAGCCCGCUGAGAUGGACCGAAACACCGGCUGGACGGCCACACACACGACCGGCUGCUCGCUCACGCCCACAUCAACCAGGGGCCGCCGCUGCUGAGAGAUGUCGUAGAUGCGCAGCCGGCCAGAGAGGGAGGCGGUGGCGAUGACGUGGGACGUCGGUCUGCCCAGCGACAGGUGGCUGAGAAAGGCCACGGCAGUCACAUUGACGGGCACCCGCAGGUCUAGCUCGUCGUUCUUGACGUUCUUGGCGGCCCAUUCCAUCUCACACGUCCGCAGAUCGGCCACCUUGACGUCAUUGUCUGCACCGCCGAAAGCAACACGAGAGGGGCAGAGGGGAUCUGACACCACGGCUGCGAUGGGCCCCGGAAGCCGACAGGACAUGAUCACAAAGGGAGGCGGCCGGCCGUCUUGCUCGCCGCCAGAAGCCUCAGCCUCCUCCUGCUGCUCUCCCUCAUCAUCCGGCUCCUCCUGCUUGACCGUCACGCCCUCGCCAUCAUCACUGUCAUGGCCGCUGUGCAGAGCUGCAUGCCACUCGCAGGGGAUUGACGCCGUCCUGGCCUUGAUGGUCUUCUUGGUCUCCAUGGCGGCCUUGCUGGCCACGCCAGGGAAGACCCACGUGUGAGAGCUGUCGAAUGUGCCCCUCCAGCGGAUGAUGGCACACUCGCCCGCCGUCGUGCACACCAGCAGGUGACGGGGAGAGGCUGAACGGACAGAAGGUGCAGACAGAGAUAGGGCAUCCCUCCAUCAUGCUGGGUGACCGAAAUGAAUGGUUGCUCACCAUAGCGACUUCUUAUCUGGUCGAUGCUUCGCUUUGCGGGAGGGGCGUCGAGCCAGCCGACGUGGAGGACAGCCGAUGGGAACAGACAUCGCCGCGUGCGGACCCCCUCAGCGGUGAAGCUCUCCACUCUGCCGUCCUGCCGCCCAAUCGUCACCUCAGACUCAUCCCACCCGCUGAUGCCAGCAGGACACACAGAGAGAAUCAAUCAACUGGUGGCCAUGAGGCAUUCUUCAGCACGUGUUGGUGCUGCGGCAUGCACGCACUGCACACUCACCUGCGUCCUCCCGUCCAGGCGACGCAUCGAACAGCGAGGGAGCGGUCCUGCUUUCCGCCGCCCUGUUGAGCAGACACCGUCGGCUUCUCUCCAUCGACGCAGACGCACUUCCACAGCCCACACUGAUCACCACUCACGAAACGCAUGUUGGCGAGA